GAGAGAGAGAGAGAGAGAGAGAGAGAGAGAGAGAGAGAGAGAGAGAAAUCCGCCUCAGCCAAAGCCUGAAUUCCCCAGAUACUCUUGGCUAUUCUGGUCUAAAGUUUGGAGCAACUUUGUGCAAUCUUUGGGGAAAAGAGACUUUGGGGGAUCUUGGUGGAGAAGAGGAUCACAGAUUCCCUCUACGUCUCCUGUCCAAUUUGGAAACCUAAAGAAAGAUGAGGGCUGUUCUUGUCUUCCUGCUGGUCUCUCUCCUCUCCAUCAGCGCCGUCGACUCCGCCGGUAAAAACAGGAAAGAGAAAACCAAGGCGCCAAAGACCGGAACGGAGUGCAGCGAUUGGCGCUAUGGCAACUGUGUCCCUAGCAACGGAGACUGUGGGGGGGGCUUCAGGGAGGGGGCGUGUGAGCAGCAGACCAGGAAGAUGAAGUGUAAGGUCCCUUGCAACUGGAAGAAGAACUUUGGGGCGGACUGUAAGUACCGGUUCGAGACGUGGGCGGAGUGUGACCCAGCCUCUGGCUUAAGGGCCCGCUCAGGAACCCUUAAGAAGGCCCUCUACAACGCAGAGUGUCUGCCCACCAUCUCCGUCACCAAGCCCUGUGCUGCCGGCAAGACCAAGACCAGGACUAAGGGGAAGAAGGCGAAGCCACAGGACAACUAGUGCGAAGAGCUGGAAGGAGGAAGACCUGGGAACGGACUGAGGAUAAUUGGUUCGGACGCAACAUCUAUUGGAACUUAGCUGAUUUCUUCAACGUAAACCAAUGUCUGCGCUUAAAAGUGUUGCAGCAAAAAGUGAUUUAAUAUUAAUUUUAGAUUUUAAAUUCCCUGCUUUAUGCUGAGUAGAUUACCCGUAUUUUGGGUGGUAUUUGCGUUGGAAGUUUUAAACACAAGAUUAGUUUUUCAUUUCUAAUUUAGGAGCUUUUAGAGUAAAAUGGAUUUUUAACUAAAACAAAACAAAAAAGUGUUCGGGCGAGCACUUGUAUUUUUCUUAAAAUGUAGAUUAUUUUGGCCCACAAAUGUUUACAUUUUAUUAACAGAGGCCAUUUUAACAAAUAGAAAUGUUAUUUGUUAUACAUAUAUUUGCUAACAACUUUUUAUUGGUGGUGCUCACAUGAAUGAUUAAACAUCUUCUUUUUCUCA